AACUACAUGCACAAACACAUUUGUAUUCUUUCAUCUUACACACAUAUCAUUGAAUUAUGGCUUCUAGGAGGAUUCUGAAAGAGCUCAAGGACCUUCAAAGAGACCCUCCAGCCUCAUGUAGUGCUGGACCGGUGGCUCAAGAUAUGUUCCAUUGGCAAGCGACCAUCAUUGGACCAAAUGAUAGUCCCUACUCUGGUGGUGUCUUCCAAGUUACCAUCCACUUCCCUCCUGAUUACCCUUUUAAGCCACCAAAGGUUGCUUUUAGGACCAAAGUGUUCCAUCCAAACAUUAACAACAAUGGUAACAUCUGUCUUGAUAUUCUCAAGGAUCAAUGGAGUCCUGCACUCACCAUAUCCAAGGUUUUGUUGUCAAUAUGUUCGCUGCUGACAGAUCCGAACCCAGAUGAUCCGUUGGUCCCGGAAAUCGCACAUAUGUACAAGAUAGACAAGGUCAAGUACGAAGCCAUGGCUCGAAGUUGGACUCAAAAGUAUGCCAUGUAUUGAAAAUUGAAGCAACAACUCUAUGUAAUGUAACUAAUAACAAAUUCUUGUAUGAAGUUUGAUGAGCAUCACAAAAUGGAAAGAAGUUAAAAAUAAUUAAAAAAGAGGAAUAUGAAGGAUGAUGGUAAUGUAAUGGUAAUGAAGGAGAAGUUGGAGUUUUUAUUUGAAUUUUGAAUAAAUAGUUCUAUUUUUUCCAA